CAUUAAAAUCUCAAGAACCCUUUUUAAGAUUUUUCGUUUGAUAAUAAAAAAAAAAUGAUUGGAAGGUAAUAAUAUAUAAAUCGAUGAAUAAACUAAAAUUUCAUUAUUCAAAAUGAAUUCUCACUUAGCAAUCUUGAGUGUUUUUAUUUGCUUUACAACAGCUCUUCCUUUUGUGGAAAAUGACCCACAACUUUUGAAGCUUAAAGAGGGGACAAAAUAUUAUUUUGUAAAUCUUCAAUUUAUGAAUUUCGAUAGUGCAGCCGAAGCUUGCAAGGCUGUUGGUCUACAAUUGGCAGCUAUAGAAAACGAAGGCGAAUAUUACGCUAUACUAAAUAAGUUAACAGGAAUAUUUGGUUUGGUUGGUAUUCCCAAAACAUUUUGGGUAUCAGGAAAACAAACACCAUCAGAAAGUACCCAGUGGGUAUGGUCAUCCACAAAUAAAUCGAUUUCUGGUUUCACAGACUGGGGUGAAGAUGAGCCAAACAAUGCAAGAGGUGACUGUUUAAGAAUAGUGGUUGGAGGUAACUACAUAAGUACGCAUUCAUGGACCGUUCAAAUUUGUAAUGAAGAAGCCAUGUCUGUUUGUGAAACUAUCCCUUACAAUUAAAGGGAAAAAUUAUUUUCGAAGUACAAUAGAUUAAAAUAAAUAAUUAAACCAAAUAUUUACUAGUUUUAUUUUUGUGUUGGAGAUUUUAUUAAAUUACCUAC